AUGUCCGGAAAAUGUUCAAUCAAAAAUGAUAAGUUGACCGUGAACAGCAAGUUGAUGUCCGCGAAACCUAUGAACGAAGACGACCACGGUAAUCAUGGUCACAAGAGCGCCUGUAAAUCAGUUCGAAAUUACGAUCCUUAUCCAACUCAAGACCUUAAUUUAGGUACCGUCUAUAAGGCUGUCGAGGAAAGGAGAAUCGUAAUUGCUUUGUCUGUGAUCCCGAUAGAAUUUUUCAAAACGCUUUGCAACCAUGGCUGGAUGUUGAAAACAAACGUACCCAAUUCGAAAUACACCAAUAAAACAUUAGGGUCACUGUAUCCGAACGUAAAUCUUGCCAGGACGAUGGCCGAGAAACACGAUGCCGGACUGAUUUGGACAAACGACGUAUAUUCUGGUAAGGUGCCAUGGUCGACAUUGAAACCGUGGGUAGUGGUUAAUCGGUUUCCGAGGAAUGGGUGCCCUGAAAUCAAGUUGUGCGGACACGGAAUGGUCGGCAAACCCGAGUACGACGGUUAUCAUCCGCGAACGUAUAAGAACACGACUGUCGAUAGUGGCUUCAUGGAGGACUUUGCGCUAACUGCAUGUGUAUCGCUACUACGGAUGUUUGCCGACAAAAUCGUGAAAUGCAAGGAAAGUGGCAAGGUUCCUCUUUCGGCACUUCGUUUCGCCGUGGAAAAAUGCAGUGCAUACAUAACCGACGGGAAGCUAAUGGAUUUCAUUAGGGGCGCAAAUUCGACCGAAUGGAAAACUUUUUUCCACAAUUACCGAAAGAUCGUCAACGGAAAACGUAAUUUCGCCGUGUCGAAGUCAGACUACGCAGAGUUGCGCUAUUUGAAAACGACUACCCGAGACUUGGUGGAGGAGAUGAACGGUUUGAGACCGCAGACGGUGAAGAUCGACGGGUACAAGAACAUUUGGAUACUGAAAAACAAACGGCCCGCGACGAGCGGCUCAAUUCUGUUCAACGACGUGGAGGACGCUUUGAAGCACUGCCCCGCGCUGAACAGCGGCAGCGACGAUUACGUUGUGCAGAAGUACAUCGAGACGCCCCUGCUGAAUGACGGCCACAAGUUUAUGUUGCACGCGUGGCUGGUAAUUUCCACUCUCGACGGCUGUCUGUCCGUUUGGCUGUAUCAGACGUGCUGCAUGCAAACAAGCGUGUACGAAUUCUCGCUGGACCUGAACGGACACAGGUACUCGCCCAACGCUCAUCUGAUGCAGAAGCUCGACCGGAUACACUCGACAACGUGUACGGUCGGUGUGCAACGGCUGAAGCACAGGUUCAACACCAUGGCGGGCGGCGGCCGCGGCGUCGUGGCCGUCAGCUCGAGGAUCAGAUCGUCGAUCGUGUCGGCCGUUACGGCUACCGCGAACGCAGGUACCGUUCUCAAUCUGCGUCCCAAUUGCUUCGAGCUUUUCCAAGCCACGUUCGUAGUGGGAAACGAUCUACAGCCGUGGUUGAUCAACAUCAGGUCCGACCCGACCCCCACGCACUCGUUCAAGUUCUCGAUGCAACGCACCGAGAGCGAUAUAGCGAAGAACAUGGCCAACAUGAUUGUUUGCAAAAAACGCGCGUCCAAAAAUCAAAUCGGAAAAUUCGAAUUGCUCCAUGUGGGCUCGAUACCGAGAAAAGAGUACGAGCCGUGCGCGUUCGUCGUAACCUCGGUCCCUAAGAAAUCGAAAUACAACAACUGUGGAAACAAUUAUGAUUACAUUGAAAGUUUUCCAUCCGAAGAUUCCGACCGUAGUGUUGCGCAUUCGGACGACGGUUCUGAAAACGAUUCGGAAGUCGAUUUCGAAAAUGACCAAAUUCAAUUAAAGCAAUUUGAACGUAUGUUUGAUGGGAGGAAAAUCAAACCAGAAUUAUCGGAAAGUUAUUUCCGUGCUUUGGAUGAAAUGAAGUUAAACUUGGACAUAAUUAAAAAAUAUUGCAUUAAAGAGCAUCUGCACUAA